CUUAAUACCAAGAAGAGCUCCUAAAGAUAAGAUUUCAGCCAAUAAUAUGCUGUAUAGGUUUAAAUGUUUAGUGACAACGAAUCUUGAUAAGACUGGAAAAAAGUUCCAAAAUUUUGAGUUCAGUCAAAUGAUCAGAUCUCAGUCAACCUGAGAAGUGUAAUGAAUUAGGGCUCGUUUUUGCAGUUUAUAACACCUAAGUUAUUUUCUGGCAGUUUUAAAUUUGAGCUGAAAACUGUUAUUUCUUCCCAUUAAUUGUUUUGAUAAUUAGUAAUUUAAAAUAUCGCCUGUAUCUGAGAUUAAGAUACCGAUCAUGAAGGUAUUACUUACAUUUCUUGCCUUUUGCGGCUUUAUUUACGCUUCCAGUGCUUAUGUUUCAGAGAAGGAUGUGCUGAAAGAAGAAUGGGAAGCCUUCAAGCUUGAAUUCAAGAAAUUUUAUGGAGAAACUGAAGGUGCAUUCAAGAUGAAAGGUUUCAUGGAAAAUAAGCAUAAAAUUGCUCAGCUUAACCAGUUUUAUUUUAAAGACAGGAAUUCUAAAAAGGCACAAUAUAUUCUAAAAGCAGGACAAGAUUAUGGAAAUAAGAAACUAUAUGAAGAAACCGAAGAUGCUUUCAGGAUGAAAGUUUUCAUGGAAAAUAAGCAUAAAAUUGCUCGGCAUAACCAGUUAUAUUCUAAGGGCAAGAAGUCUUACAGUCUUGCAAUGAAUAAGUUUGGGGAUUUGGUGAGUAAAAUUGUUUAAUUCUUCUUAUUUCAU